AUGGGACCGUUUCCAACAACAUCACGACAAAAACGAUUUUUACUCGUUGUCGUUGAUUAUUUUACUCGCUGGGUGGAACUAUUUCCAGUGCAUACUACUACAUCGAUCAACAUAGCUCAAAUUCUUAUUAAUGAAGUGUUCACUCGAUAUGGUAUGCCUGUUUAUGUAUUAUCGGACAAUGGUCCUCAAUUCAUAUCGUAUCUCUUUCGAAACUUCUGCGAGACUCUGGGUAUUCAGCAAAAAUUUACGGCUAAUUAUCAUCCUCAAACCAACUUAACUGAACGUAUUAAUCGAACCUUGAAACCAAUGUUAGCAAUUUUUGCAGAAUCUCAACCCCGAUCGUGGGAUAAAGAAGUUUCAAAAUUAGCAUUUGCUCUGCGGACAGCAGUUAACGAAACUACUGGCGAAACUCCAGCAUUCCUGAUGUUUGGAAGAGAUCCAAAGAUACCUCUAGAUCUAAUAGUUGGCGAACCUACCGAAGGUCCGCCAACAACGACAAUUGAAUCGAUACAAAUUAACGAAUACAGAAAUAAUUUAAUUCACAAUUUACGAUGUACGUAUGAUCUCGUUCGUGAACAUUCGGAAGUGAAAAAAAUCAGUCAAAAAACAAAAUAUGACAAACAUACAUCGCUACGACAACUGAAUGUCGGUGAUUUAGUUUGGGUGGCAAAUGUUACACCUCAAAUCGGUGGCAUGUCGAUAAACAGAAAACUCCAACCAAAAUAUCAAGGUCCGUGCCGAUUGAUUGAACAAUUAGGCCCUUCGACCUUUAUGGUUCAACGAAUUAGUGAUGGUGUCAACCUAGGUGUGACAAACGUAGAUCGAAUGAAACGAUAUUUCGAACCAAUGUCGAACGAACAACCUUCUACGUCGGCUAGUGACACUUCGGAAACAGAACAAGAAUCAACAGAAUCUGGUCAAUCACACACGACCCAGAAACAAGCUGACCGAAAACGAACUUCGAGCAGGCAGCGUAAGCUACCGGUUCGAUACUCAAUAAAUUCCUACUAA